AUAAGAAACCCUGCGCCAAGACCUCCUCCUUUCCCAGGCGGCUGCCGAAGAUGGCGGAGGGGCAGGUUCUGGUGCUGGAUGGCCGAGGCCAUCUCCUGGGCCGCCUGGCGGCCAUUGUGGCCAAGCAGGUCCUCCUGGGCCGGAAGGUGGUGGUUGUACGCUGUGAGGGCAUCAACAUUUCUGGAAACUUCUACAGAAACAAGUUAAAGUAUUUGGCCUUUCUCCGGAAGCGGAUGAACACCAACCCCUCUCGGGGCCCCUAUCACUUUAGAGCCCCGAGCCGCAUUUUUUGGCGCACUGUGAGAGGCAUGCUGCCCCACAAGACCAAGAGAGGCCAGGCUGCCCUGGAGCGCCUCAAGGUGUUGGAUGGAAUCCCUCCACCCUAUGACAAGAAAAAGCGGAUGGUGGUCCCUGCCGCCCUCAAGGUUGUGCGGCUGAAGCCUACCAGAAAGUUUGCUUACCUGGGGCGUCUGGCUCAUGAGGUCGGGUGGAAGUACCAGGCGGUGACAGCCACUCUUGAGGAGAAGCGGAAGGAAAAGGCCAAGAUCCACUAUCGGAAGAAGAAGCAGCUUUUGAGGCUGCGGAAACAAGCAGAGAAGAAUGUGGAGAAGAAAAUCAGCAAGUUCACAGAGGUCCUCAAGACCAAUGGACUUCUGGUGUGAGACCAAUAAAGACUGUUUGUGCCUCAUGCCUGCCUGGCUUGCACUUUCUCCACUGCUGUCCAGGGAGGUGGGGACAAAAGGUGCUUUAGUCACUGCUCCCAUGGUAGAGGUUACCUUUAAACAGCUCUUGUUGAGUUACUGUGCGAAUUAUUGGGAUUCAGCCUUUAAAGUGAAAAGAGCAGGGCUGUCCUCCUCUAACCCAGGGCAGCAAGCCUGGGCUGGGAAGGCACCAGCCAGUGGCACUGUCUUUGCUCCUUCCCAAUCCCUGGGAGGGUCUGUGUGGAAAUAAAUUAUUUGACUGUUAAAA